AUGGCAGAACUUUCGACAUGCCUUCCAUUGACCAGAGAGUCCACCCUCAAGGCCCAUGAGCUAAUCAAACCUUUUAUACACCGCACUCCGGUGCUCACCAGCAGGGCAUUAAACGAGAUUGCAUCAAACCCCCGGGCCCAGGAAAAUGGAGAUCGCCAGCCUGCAAAGCCGGUCAUCCGACUAUGGUUCAAGUGUGAAAACUUGCAGCGCAUAGGAGCUUUUAAAGCCCGUGGUGCAUUCUACGCUAUCGAGAGGCUAAAGCAAGAUCCAAGCUUCAGCGAGAGUGGCGGCAUGGAAAAAGGUGUCGUCGGGUUCAGUGCAGGUGAGAAGACAUCGCAGCUACGAGGGGCUAUGGAGCCAAAGUCAUACUUUGCUCAAAAUUCGAGCGAGACUACAGCCGCCAAGAUAGUAGCCGAAAAGGGUGCUCGUCUUGUGCUACCUUUCAAUCAUCCGGAUAUCAUUCUUGGACAAGCAACUGCAGUCCUGGAGCUCCAAGAGCAAGCCGACAAUCUCGAUGCCAUCAUCGCGCCCUGUAGUGGUGGAGGGCUAUUAGCAGGUACUGCGCUCAGUUGUGAUGGAACCUCUGUUCGCGUCUUUGGUGCUGAACCCGAGUUCGAGGGCGCUGAUGAUUGUCGACGCGGGUUCCUCACGGGCGAGAGGAUCACGAGCGUCAAUACCAGCACCAUCGCAGAUGGGCUGAUGGGCGUUGUCGGCGAGAUCCCCUGGAGCAUCAUCUAUGAGCGAAAGCUCGUUGAUGGCAUGUUUGCAGUGUCUGAAGAGCAGAUUCUCGAGGCGACAAGGUUGAUCCUGGAGAGGCUUAAGGUGGUAGUCGAGCCUGCUGCGGCUGUGCCGCUGGCAGUGGCUCUGUAUAAUGAGGAAUUUAGGCGGCUAGUGGAGGAGGAGGCCGGCGAGAAGGGUUGGGACUUGGGACUGAUUUUGAGCGGGGGGAAUGUCAGCGCUGAGGGACUGGCGAAACUGUUUGGGAUGAGCUUCCCCGCGAUUUCGUACGGAAACUUCAUUCAUUCAUCUACUGUGACGUCCAAGAGCAUUAUGGAUAUCAAAAGCGCCCAGAACGGUGUUCCUUCCGGUCUACACCCUACCCUGAUUGAGACUGAUACUAAAAACAAAAACCGGGCUCGGUUAAUUAUUGGUAUUGAUUUCGGCACGACCUCCUCCAAGGCGGCUUUUACCUUGUUGUCUAGCGAUGAAGUCCACGAAGGCAUUGUCACUGAAUGGCCUGGUGCUGGUACACAUACCAAGCAAGAUAUUCCCACUACACUGUACUACGAUUCCUAUCAGAACGUGGCGGGAUGGGGUUUAGAACCUGCUGAUGCUCUGGGACCUCUUGGCUACCCUAAACCGGGUGUGCAGAAAGUCGACUGGUUCAAGCUGCAUUUAACUGCACCUGAGACCGCUCAUCCCCUACCGCCUGGCAAAUCAGAUAUUGAUGUUAUCGCUGAUUACUUGCUGAAGAUGCGAGUAUCUGUGCAUGCACAGUUGCAGAAGACCUUGUGUGAUGCUUUUGAUCGGGAGCAAGACAGCAUCCACUAUUACUUGGUUGUGCCUGCUAUCUGGAAUGAUGCUGCCAAGGCAGCUAUUCGUGUUGCUGCGACCCAGGCAGGGCUUUUACAUACCGGAAACAACAAGAAUCAGUUGACGCUUAUCACCGGGCCCAGGGCAGCUGCCAUGUUUUACGUGAAGACUGGAUUCUGGGAAUUGGAGACCAGAAACACUAGCCUUAUUGUUGACUGUGGUGGUGGAUUUGUCGACUUGACCGCUUAUGAGGUCAAGGAGAAGCCAUUCAAAUUGACUGAGUGCACGCCUUCGUCCGGUGACUUAUGCGGUUCGACAGACCUCAAUCGCAACUUUACCAAAAUACUGCGCGCCAAGAUUAAGAAGAUAGGGCUAAGGCCAGGACGGAUCUUCGCCAAGUGCACGAUAGACUUUGAGAACCGGAUCAAGGUCGAGUUCCGUAACAAUGGCCAGAAAUGGCACAUUGACGUUGGGGUCGAAGCCGAUUUCCCUGAGGCUGAUAUUAAAGACGGUUACAUGACCUUUACAAAUGAGGAGAUUCUGCAGUGCUUUACGCCAGUCGUCAACCGCAUCUCAGAAUUAGUACUCAAUCAGAUUUCUUCCAUCCAGGGAGGGGGCCGGCAGCUUCAGAGGAUUCUUUUUAUCGGUGGAUUUGGGACAUCCGAAUAUCUUUUCAACGAGAUUAAACAGCACAUCCCUUCUCAUUUACAGUCCCAAGUCACGCGUCUUAUGAAUUCAUCUUCAGCCACAGUCAAAGGUGCCGUCAUGGCUGGCAUUGAGGGGCACCAAGCAGGUGGAUUAUAG